AUGUCCUGGAUAACAGCUACGAUCUCUCUACUUCUGGCCCAGGUCGUAACAUCGGUUUUCUACCGAUUAUUUUUCCAUCCUCUCCGAAGAUUCCCUGGACCAUGGCUCGCCGCAAUCACCAAGUACUACAGGGGGUAUUACGAGCUAUUUUGUGACGGAGGGUGGCUGGAUCAGCUCCAAGUGUUGCACGAACAGUAUGGACUUGUCGUCAGAGUCACUCCAAACGAGCUCCAUUUUAGCGAUCCCAAUGCUUAUAACGAUAUAUACGUAACUUCGAGGGCACCUAAGGAUCCCACCUGGUACUCUCAUACUUCACCAGCUCCGGGGUCAGUAAUAAGUGAACUCGAUCCGAAGGAGGCUACAAGAAGGCGAAUGAAACUUGGUUCGUAUUUUUCUCGAAAGUCGGUCUUACAGCUCGAGGGACUGGUUCAAGCGAAGGUGAAUAAGCUCAUCAAGCGACUAUCAUCAUCUCAAAAGCCAACAAAUAUACACUACGGAUACCGAGCUGCGACCCUCGACAUCAUCACGUCGUACGUGUUUCCCCAAGAAAUGAACGCGCUCGACUCUACCGACUUCAACCACCCAUUUCUGACCGCUGUCGAGGGCAUUUUCCAAACGGUGUGGAUCCUCAGUUAUCUCCCCUUCCGUCUCGACCGACUUCCCGAGUGGAUCUGUCGGAGGAUAGCCCCGAUGACCAUACCCCUUUUAGACGAACGGCAGUAUAUUGCAAACAAAAUCGAUGGAAUGGCCACGAGCGACCACAAUCCGGAAGACCGAAAGGCAGUAUUCGAACUGUUUCUCAGAGAUUCUGCGGAAGGACUUCCGAGGUGGAAGCUCAUAGACGAAGGUGCUCUUUUCCAGAUGGCUGCGACAGACACGACAGCGAACGCAUGUGUUAUAGGGACCUUCCAUUUGUUGACGAAUCCGGAUAUUUUGGUGAAGUUGAGGAGCGAGCUUGAUGAGGCUUGGAAGGAUGCUGAAGAGGGUAUGAUAUAUGAACAAUUAGGGGAAUUGCCGUAUUUGGGAGCUGUGAUUAGAGAAUCUCUGCGACUAUCCUGCGGCGUAGCGGCGGCCGCACCCCGUCAGGUCGGAAAGAAGGAAAUGGUUAUUGCAGGAUGUACCGUACCUCCAGGCACCGUCAUCGGUUGUGCCUCAUAUAUAGUACACUCAAACCCGACUCUCUUUCCAGACCCACACAAAUUUAUUCCAGAACGUUGGUUAGGUGAGGACUCACGCAAGUUGGAGAAGUAUCUCGUCGCAUUUUCAAAGGGUCCACGGACAUGUUUGGGAAUCAAUCUGGCGUGGUGUGAGAUGUACUUACUUAUCGCCAACGUUUUCCGGAAGUUGGACCUGGAAGCCUAUGAGGCGACACCGGGAACUGUGCGCUUCAGAGACUAUAUCUUACCCUUUUUCCACGAGCACCUGCAUGUGCAGGUCAAUGGCUUGAGAUCGUGA